ACGUACGUACGUAAUACUAUUACUACGACGAGUGGAGAAGCCGUCAGAAUUAGUUGCGGAUCUUUGGUCACUGCUGGCGCUGCAUGCAUAGCCUGAUAGCAUGCAGAGUUGGAUCCAGGUUGAUCUUCAAAUUCUAUAAUUGGGAAAAUGCAUGAGCAACGCCCUAGCACUAAGUAGCAGUGAUGGAUGCUCAUCAACAGAACCUUGAACAGGUUGCUGGGCCCUGCGAACACUUGACUGCAGCCAGUCCUGUGGAUGACAUUGACUCCAUUUGUAGCGAGUUGGAGCAUGUUGAAUUGACUGAAGAAGAGACAGCAUCACUGCUCAGUGAUGCACUAGAGCUGAACAAGAGACUCAAGGAGGAGUUGAGGAGGCAGGAGCUGGAAGAAAGGAAGGGGAGGGAUGGGAUGAGGAAUUCAAAGCGCAGACCAGCUAACGAUGUAGGUAGGAGAGGGGAUGCUGUCAGUGCAUCACUACCACCCAUCAAUCCAAAGAAAGGACUGUCCGUCACACAGCGACGCAUCUACAAUUCAGUUGAGAUUGGAGGAGGGUCUCAGAAGAUGAAGACCAGCAAAACAUCUAGUGCAAUGCAGAGGAAGACCCACAGUGCUGAUGGUAGUCAGCGACUGUCGUCAUCAUUGGGUCAUUCCAGGUCAAGAGGAACACAGUCAGCUGAGUCCAAACAAAGACCUGAAUGGAACGACAGAUUUUCAUUCUAAAUGAACAUGACAGAAGUGAGGUGUGUUUGGAGUUCUUUGCGUAUUUAUCUGUAUUUGGUUGGCUUUUAGGGGAUAUGUUGUUUGAUUCUGUGGACAGUAAUGUCAUAUGCCCUUCAAACAGUUCAUUAUUAGCUUAUGACAGUGGAUGUCACUACAGCUUUGUAAUAUGAAUGUGAUUUUUACAAGAAAUGAUGAGUUGCACUUAAUAAGGCUUAAUUGAAGAGGAGUUCAGCAGCAUUGCUAAGGAAGUUCAGAUGUGUUGAACGCAUCUUAAAUUUGGUGAAAUUGAUCCUGGGGCGAGUUAAGACGAGUUACUCUUCCUAAAUCAGGCUCAUACAAAUCAGGCUGCUUUAAUAUAAACUACUUUUGUGUGCGUGUGGGUGGGGGGGGGGGGGGGGGGAUGAGUUUACUCCUAUGUGGAUCACUUGCAGUGCUUUUGUGUACAUGUAUGAUACACAUUCACAUUGUGGACGUUGAACAAUAGAGCACAAUAGGG